GUUACUAUCGGUUCAAUUGCAAACCACAAAGAAAGCGAAGAUAAUUUUAUUUCUGGAGGAGAAGGUUCGUUGAAAAAUAAAUGGGCAAUUUGCUGUACCAUAAAAGAAAGUGAUAUUAAGUAUAUUUGGUUUGCACCUGACCGUAUUCUUAAAAAUGAUAAGA